AACGCCGUGCACUCUAAAUCGAAAGGAAGGCCUCUCGAUCUCUCCUCUCCUCUCCUCUCCUCUCCCCUCUGCGAUCGAGCUUGUCCGGAGAUAUGAAGCUUCGAAUUCGCUCCGUGGCGUCGAAGGAGACGCUGAGGAUCCAAGCCCCCGACCCCUCCUCUCUCCACAACCUCAAAACCCUCAUCGCACGCGCCCUCUCUUCCUCCUCCUCGAUCUCGAUCCCGCCGGGGUCAAUCCGCCUCUCCCUUAACCGCAAGGACGAGCUCCUUCCUUCCUCUCCCCACGACUCGCUCCACUCACUCGGCCUCACCGCCGGAGAUCUUAUCUUCUUCUCUAUCGUCCCUGACUCCCAAACCCUAGCCCCGUCCCCCUCCUCGGCCCCGGCUCCGGAGGAAACCGUGGAAAGCUCGAAUCUUGCCCCAGUUCCUCCGCCAGAGACCCCCAGUGCCGUGGAUGAUACGCCGUUCGGCCUGAGCGCUCAAACUCUAAACUUUUCCUCUUCCUCUGUCGCCGCUUCAGUGGAAAUUGCGGAAAGCUCGAAUCUUUCGCCGGUGUCGACGCAGAAUAACCCCAGUGCCAUAGCGGCAGAUUUGACUUCACCUCAAGCCGAGGUGGUUCAACAAGAUGAUGUCAUGGCAUUAGACGUAGAGCCCGUUGUCGUGGGGAAGUCUCUGGCAGUUCCAUGUUUUCUUAAGAGGGUCAUCGAAGCCGAGAAGGGAGAAGCCGAGGGUCUUCUGGGUCGCCUGGUCAUCACCUUCCAUGCUGCUUUUCUCGAGUCUGGAUUCGUGGUCAGUGGCGGUGGCGGUGGCCGUGGAUCCCGAUUUCCCGGAGGAUGUCCAUCAAAAGCUGCUACUUUUUCCGUUCGAUACACUCUUCCUGAGCUCGUGGGUGCCGUUGACGGAAGGGACGUCAAAGUGGCAAUUUUGAGGUUCUCGAUGAUGGGGAAUUAUGCGACUGUUUAUGGAUUUCUGAACGGAGAUCAUCAGGAUGUGUACCGAGUGUGUAUUGAUCUGUCAAAGCUGGCACCUUUGUUAUCUUUAUCUAUGGAUUCUCUGAGCAAACAAGAAGAAAAGGAGGUUUUUGGACUAUGGAAGGUUGUGAAAGAUGGACUCACGUUGCCUCUCCUUAUUGAUAUAUGCCAGAAGAAUGGGCUACCUUCUCCCACAUGCUUCAUGCGCCUUCCAACUGAUCUCAAGAUCAAGAUUCUGGAGUUUGUUUCGGGCAUUGAUGUUGCAAAGAUUGGGUGCACUUGUUCUGAGUUGCGGUAUCUGUCAUCGAAUGAUGAUCUUUGGAAGCUGAGGUUUCUUGAGGAGUUUGGGUCGGUGAAUGAGAGGGUACUCGUGGGCAGAAGCUGGAAAGACAAGUAUGUGAAUUACUGGGUGAGGAGGAAGGAAGCUGAGAAGAUGAUAACAGAAAGGGCGAACCUAUUUCGCAGGCCCAGUGUUAUUUUGCGUAGGUUUAACCCAGCUGGUACCCUGAGGCUUCCUGUGCAAGGUGGAGAUUAUGACAGGUUCCCUGCAAUUGGUGGUUUUGCCCCAGGGGUUCUGGGAUUAGGAGUUCCACGUCUGCCCGCUCGAAGAAACUUUUCACCUGACUGUAAUCUUGGAGGAAAUGAUGCAGCUUUUGCAGAUUGCAAAUGUUAUGAAGUCAUCUUGCAGUAGUUUCAAGUGUUCGCAACUGAUCCACAGCCAUCCAUAUGAACACUAGCUGUUUUGUCUUGUGCAUUCUUUAGCCUCUCUGCAUCGGGUGGGAACUAAUUUAGAGUGCCUGAGAUGUGUUGCAGUUCUGGUGAACCCCUGCUCGAUGAGCACAGCUGAUGGAUGAGAGCUUAUUCUGUCUGGCCUGCUGUUAUGGGAAUCCCUGCUUGAUGAGCUUAUUCUACUUCUUAGUUGUUCUUGUCUAGUCUGAUGAACACAGCUAGCUCUCUGAUGCUUUGUGGUGUGGGCUUCCAUCUGUCUUCCCUCCCUCCUGAUUUAAACCCAAAAUUCUUGCUUGUGAUGUGUUCGAUUACGGAUGUAAUUGGAGUGAGAGAUUGUCCAUCGGAUCUGUGUGCUACUCGUUAUCAAGACCUGAGUCAAUGUCACGGACCAAAAUGUUUAAACGAGAGUUAACUUAGUAAAUCCAUCACGUCCUUAUAAGUCAA